CGUUUUCGCUCUGAUCGUUCACUACCUCCUGAUCUCUCCUCCAUUACAGCAAACGAAGCAUGAGUCAGUACGGCGAAAACCCGUUCUAUGGGAACGCAGGCGGCGGGGGCUACCUUGCAGGGGGUUCGCCCUUCGGUAGCGCAAGUGGUAGUCCUGGAGGGCUACGUAAAGCAGGGGCUCUCCACUCUCUUCGGCCAGUCACAAUCAAGCAACUCCUCAACGCCACGCAGGCGCACUCGGACGCGGAGUGGUCGAUCGACGAGGUUGAAGUCGGACAGAUCACAGUCGUAGCACAAGUUGUCUCGAUCACCAGCCAGACAACAAACUGCGUGUACUGGCUAGAUGACGGGACGGGGCGGAUAGAAGCGCGGCACUGGGUUGAUGUAGGAACGGAAGACGAUGCAGAACGAUGGGGUGGUAUUACCGAGAACACCUACAUCCGCGUCAUGGGCAGCUUGAAGUCGUUUGGGAACAAGCGAUACAUCAAUGCAACCCACCUCCGCCGCAUCAAGGAUCCGAAUGAAAUCCAGUUCCACAUCUUGGAAACCUUCACUGUGUACAUGAUCUUCCAAAAGGGCGCGCCAUUGCGCCCAAGUGAGGCGGGGUCUAGAGCAGCAGUUGCCAAUGGUAACGGUGCUGCGUCUGCUUAUAACCCGCAAUCAACGGCCGCAGGCGGAAUGGAGCAAUACGCUCACUUACCUUCGAUUCAGCGGCGGAUCGUAGCGUUCAUGAUGUCGCAACCGCAACAAACCGAGGGCACCCACGUCGCUGCUAUUGCCCGCAAUAUUGGCGGCGACGCAAACGCUAUCAGCGAGGCCCUGGAUCGGUUGAUGGACGAGGGUCACGUAUUCACGACAAUAGACGACUCCCACUUCGCGUUGUCGACAUGAUGGGUCGUGCGAACGCUGGCUUGGGGUGCGCCUGAUGCUCAUGUAUGGUCUGCCGCAUGUAUUGUGAAUGCUGUCUCUGCUGUCGUGUACCCGAUAUUGUAGUUCGAAGGUCUCAGUCGCUAUCGAAGACGCUGUACGUUACCACUGUGUGGACCUGUGCGACUGUUUGAAUGUGCAAGCCCAAGGUCGCUGUGGAA